AUGAAGCUUAACUACGGUGUGGAACGUAGCUGGUUGCUUGCGACGCUACCUUCAGCCAACACGCUAGCGAUCGGCUACGAUAAGGGCACUAUUGUGUUGAAGCUAGGGCACGAUACCCCUGUCAUGGGUUUUCAGGACGGAAAAAAGCUGCCGCUUGUUUCAAGAGAUCUAGGAAGCUGCGAAGCGUACCCUCAAAAGGGACGGCACAACAGCAACGUCCGCUACGUAUUGUUUUGCGGUGACGGCGAGUACAUCAUCUAUACGGCACAGCAGUUUCGUAACAAGGCCUUUGGUACUGCGCUAGAUUUCAGCUGGUCACCAACAGGCACCGGUGAUUACGUUAUACGUGAGAGCAUUUCAAAGCUCAUACUGUUUCGUAACUUUAAGGAAGUUAAGAGCGAGAAGCCUUGCGUGCUGUGUGCCGAAGGUCUGUUCGGAGGCCCUGGCGCCAUCGGCUCUCGUCGUGCUUGCUUGCGAGUCAAGUUUUUCGUGCUGCGGAUCAACAAGGAGGUUGCGGCACAGUCUUUUGCUGCUGGCACAAACUCACCUGAUGAAGGUGUUGUUGGCGCCUUUGAUCUGCUUCACGUAAUUUCUGAGAAGGUUGGUACGGGCACUUGGGUUGGAGAUUACUUUUUGUACACUAACGCUGUCGGCAGACUCAACUACUACGUGGGCGACUACCAAACUGCUGUGGUGCGUCGUGACUUUGAGAGUGCAAACGACAUCUUGCCCAAGAUUCCGGCAGACCAAAUGGACUACGUGGCCCGUUUUCUGAAGUCACAGGGUUCAGAGAAGAGGCUUUGGCUUUAA